ACACGUCGGAUCCAUGACCGGUGUUUUGAACAUUUUUGACAUUAUUAACUAUAAAUUGAAUGUAACGUGAAGUACAGACAACAGGACGAUGGACGAGCCCGUCGCGACGACUGAAAAGUCAAAGAAGAUCGAAGCUAUAAAUAAAGAAACGAUCCAUCAUAUCUGCUCCGGCCAGGUAGUGUUCGAUCUCGCAAUCGCUGUCAAAGAGUUAGUGGAGAACAGUUUAGACAGCGGUGCCACUGCGGUCGACGUCAAGCUCACCGACUAUGGUAAAACGUGCAUCAGUGUCAGCGACAACGGCGGCGGUGUCCUGGAGCAGGAUUUUGAGGGCCUAGGUCUGAAGCACCACACGUCAAAGCUGCGAGCUUUCACAGACCUAACGGAGGUGAAUACGUUCGGUUUUCGUGGCGAGGCAUUGAGCUCGUUGUGCGCCUUGUCUCAGCUGAGUGUCAUCACCAGGCAUUCGUCGAGCGAGCACGGGUUUAAACUGGAAUUCGAUCAGAACGGUGUGCUGACAAGGAAAGAGCCAUGUGCCAGGGAAAGAGGUACCACGGUGCACGUCAAGAACAUAUUCAAAAAUUUACCGGUGAGGGCGAAGGAGUUUCAGAAGAAUCUGAAGAAGGAGUACACGCGCACUAUCCAAGUCUUGUACAGUUACUGCUUGGUUUCCACCAACAUCAAGCUCACGUGCUCGAAUUUGAUAACGGGUAAGUCACCUAGUCUCAUAGUGGCUACGAGGAACACGGACAACGUGCUGGACAAUGUAAAUUCUGUGUUUGGCAAAAAGUCUUUGGAUGGUAUCAUUAAACUCGAGCUGCAGUCUCCAGAUGAGACGAUACUGCAAGAAUUCAAUCUGCCCAGCGACAUUACCAUAGAUUUCGAUUGGGAGUGCUACGUGAGCACUUGCGAUCAUGCAAUGGGUCGUUCCUCGACCGACCGACAAUUUUUCUAUGUAAACGGUCGACCGUGCGAUCUCACGAAAGUCAGUAGAUUGGUAAAUAGUGUGUACCAUAAGUACAACAAUAAGCAGUAUCCAUUUGUCUUCUUGAACAUCAAAUUGGAUCGACAGUGCGCCGACGUUAACGUUACCCCUGACAAAAGGACAAUAUUCUUCACGCAAGAACGCCUUAUAUUAGCGACACUGAAAUUCAGUUUAACUGCUAGAUGGGACAAGUUGCAAGGAAAUUUUACAGCCAGGACCUUAACGGAACUAAGCUUUGGCUUGAAAAGGACAGUCUCGUCUAAUUACGUGCAUCCACCAGCCAAAAGAUUGCAAAUGUCACCUUCAGUAUCCCAUAUAACGAAAGACGAUAUUCAGACUAACAUUAAAUUAAGAAAAAAACCUAUGGAUAUCGAAAUGGCGAUAAGUAUAGCAACAAUAAGAGAAAAAUUAAAAGAAAAAGAGAAUGUUAAAGUACCUGCCAGUACAAAAAGAAGAAUAAAGUAUAGAGUACAAAUGGAAGGCAAUCAAAGCGAAGCUGAACAAGAGCUGCAAAAAGAGUUGACAAAAGAUUCCUUCGGCACGAUGGAGAUAAUAGGUCAGUUCAAUCUUGGUUUCAUAAUAGCUCGUCUAGAGGACGAUCUUUUCAUCAUCGACCAACAUGCCACCGACGAAAAGUUUCGUUUCGAGAAACUUAGCAACGAAACGAAGCUGAAAACCCAAAAACUUAUCGUGCCGAAAUCGCUGAACUUUUCCGCGUUGAACGAAACGAUACUCAUGGAGCAUAGAGAGACAUUUGAGAAUAAUGGUUUUACCUUCAACAUUAACGAGCUAGCUGAGCCUGGCAAGAAGAUAGAAUUAGUAGGAAUGCCUGUUAGUGGUUACUGGCAAUUUGGUCAGGAGGACAUAGAAGAACUAGUAUUUCUCAUCAGAGAAGCAGGCAAUGAAAACAAGGAGAAGCACAUGUAUCGUCCAAGUCGGGUCAGGCAAAUGCUGGCGUCGAGAGCGUGUCGGAGCGCAGUCAUGAUCGGUACAGCUUUGAACACCAGCGAGAUGCAGAGGCUGAUAAUGCAGAUGGCACAAAUGCACAAUCCAUGGAACUGCCCACAUGGAAGACCGACUAUAAGGCACCUGUUGUCCUUAUUGUUAAUAAACAAGUAAAUAAUACUCUGUGACGCGUUCUCGUAAAUGCGUUUCAGCCAAACAAGAUUUACGUGAAAAAUUGGCGAGAAGAAACUACUUUGAGAUUAACAAAGGAAAGGUGCACGUAUUUUUUUGCAUUAAGAGAAAGAUAUAUAAAUUUGUCAAAUAUG